UGUCUUCCAAGAACUUCACCAGUCUGAUCAAACUUGAAUGACCCACUUGGGAGCUUCAUUCGUUUCCCAUUUCGCCACGCGCUCUGCUUUAAUAAGCCCCUCUCUGAUGUGUUCAGCCGUCACUAGCAGACUCUUCAGUGCGCUGUGGAGCUUCGCCACUGCUCCUCGGAUCGACUCGUUUAUUUAGAAGGCAAAUGUGGAUAUGACGUCGCAAAGGAAGGGUAAGGGAUGAAAUUCACGUCUGAAAUUUUUUUUUCAACUAAUUUGUUAUAGUAUAGUGCACUGAAUUCCAUAUGACAGCAUAAUGUGGUUGAAUAAAUGCUCCAAACGCAUCCCCCCCCCCUCCUUUUCUUUCUCUUUCUCUACCGUUCUCUUUCUCACAUCCAGGCGGCCGAGGUGCCGGGAGGUAAUCCCCCUCCAUGUGAGGAGGCGGCACGGGCGUGGAGGCGUGGAGGCUUUUUUCCAUAUUCAAAUCCUUACAAGUCCUAUAAAAAGCGGCGAACUCGGCACAGGAGGCUCAAGGAAGGAAGACAGAUGGAGGGAGGUGACAGUUCUGUGUGCGCACCCGCUCGGAGGAUGCCGGACGUGCAGGACUUUGUGAAUGCACUCAAAAACGCGCUCGUGUCCCUGAUGCUGCUGCCGCGCUUUCUGUUGGCCGCGGUGUUGCUUUGGCUUCUUGACUUUGUCUGCAUCCGGAGGAAGGUGCUGGUGAAGAUGCGCGAACAGGAGGGCUCGACUCCCGACGACCCGCCGGUGACCGUGUCAGACUCGAACCGGAUGUUCACGCUGGACUCACUGCGCGCUGUGUGGUACAGCCAGAAGUUGGACUUCUGUAAGGCAGCGCACCUGGGGCUGGCGGCGCCUAACAGCGAGGUUAUGCCGCUCGGCGAACGGAAACGCGCGCGUAUACUGGACUACGCCCGCGGCGCGAGACCGCUCAUCCUUAACUUCGGCAGCUGCUCAUGACCGCCGUUCAUGACGCGCUUGGCCGCGUUCCGGCGCGUCGCUGACCAGUACGCCGACAUCGCCGACUCGUUGCUCGUAUACAUCGAGGAGGCGCAUCCCUCCGACGGCUGGGUGAGCACGGACGCUCCGUACCAGAUCCCGCGCCACCGGUGUAUAAAGGACCGGAUCCGAGCGGCGCGUCUCAUGAACGCCAUAGUACCCGGCAGCGUCGUGGUGGUGGACACCAUGGACAACUCGUCCAACAGGGCGUACGGAGCCUACUUCGAGCGCCUCUACGUACUCAAGGACGAGAAGGUGGUGUAUCAGGGAGGCAGGGGACCCGAGGGCUACCGCAUUUCUGAACUGAAGAACUGGCUCGAGCAAUAUCGCCAAGAGCUCGAAGGCGCCAAACCGGUAGUGGUUCAGGUCUAGAUGAUAAGAUGAUAAUGAUAAUAAUAAUAAUUAAAAAAAAAUCUAAAAAUAAAAAAAUAAAAAAAUUAUAAUAAUAAUUAGAUGCCAGUCACUGUGUGUGCCAUGAAGAACCAAGAAAACGGGUGUCCUGGAAGCUGCUAUGAACUGGAAGCAACACUACACACGUUAACUUCUGUAUUCCAACGCGCAUCUUGGAAGAGUUGUGUGUGUGUGUGUGUGUGUGUGUGUGUUUUGUUCAGUGAUGCAAACCGCAUGAUAAUUGUAACUGUUUUUGCCCUUUAAUCGUUUUGUGUUAAGCCGGUGUUUUACGCUUUUCACUUUUAAUGAUAUUAAUUAUUCUUUUAUGUUUGUUUGUUUGUUUGUUUGCAUGUCGUCUUUGUGUGUGUGUGUGUGUGUGUGUGUGUGUGUGGCCGUCGGACUGUUUCACUGUAUUCUGGUGUUGUCAUGAAGUUCGGUUUUUAAAAGGAUUUGAUCCAGAAAACCAGUUCUGAUGUAUUCUGACACUUGAGUACUUGGCAACAGAAGAACGGCCUUUACUGUAAUUGCCAAACAUUGUUUUGUAAAAUGUGUAUAUUUUAUUGAACAAAUAUUUUUUAAAUAAAUAAUAGAACACAGA